CACCCGGGCUGCCUACCGCUCUGCCUCCUUCCCGGCGGGCUGUCCCCCGCAGUGCCCCGAACCCCGCGAGCCUUCGGGGCGCGCGUCGCUGCUGGUGGUUGGGGCUCCAGGGCUAAUAAAUGAUAGAGGAUACAAUGACUUUGCUGUCUCUGCUCGGUCGCAUCAUGCGCUACUUCUUGCUGAGACCCGAGACGCUUUUCCUGCUAUGCAUCAGCUUGGCGCUGUGGAGUUACUUCUUCCACACCGACGAAGUGAAGACCAUCGUCAAGUCCAGCCGCGACGCCGUGAAGAUGGUGAAGGGCAAGGUAGCCGAGAUUAUGCAGAACGAUCGACUUGGAGGACUUGACGUGCUGGAGGCCGAGUUUUCCAAGACCUGGGAGUUCAAGAGCCACAACGUGGCGGUGUACUCCAUCCAGGGCCGGAGAGACCACAUGGAGGAUCGCUUCGAAGUUCUCACGGAUUUGGCCAACAAGACGCACCCGUCCAUCUUCGGGAUCUUCGAUGGGCACGGCGGCGAGACUGCAGCUGAGUAUGUAAAGUCUCGACUCCCGGAGGCCCUUAAACAGCAUCUUCAGGACUAUGAGAAAGACAAAGAAAACAGUGUCUUGUCCUACCAGACCAUCCUUGAGCAGCAGAUCCUAUCCAUUGACAGAGAAAUGCUAGAAAAGCUGACCGUAUCCUAUGAUGAAGCAGGCACAACAUGUUUGAUUGCUCUACUAUCAGAUAAAGACCUUACUGUGGCCAAUGUGGGUGACUCACGAGGGGUCCUGUGUGACAAAGAUGGGAAUGCCAUUCCCUUGUCUCAUGAUCACAAGCCUUACCAACUGAAAGAGAGAAAGAGGAUAAAGAGAGCUGGUGGGUUCAUCAGUUUCAAUGGCUCCUGGAGAGUCCAGGGAAUCCUGGCCAUGUCUCGGUCCCUGGGCGAUUAUCCACUGAAAAAUCUCAAUGUGGUCAUCCCAGACCCAGAUAUCCUGACCUUUGACCUGGACAAGCUGCAGCCUGAGUUCAUGAUCUUGGCAUCAGAUGGCCUAUGGGAUGCUUUCAGCAAUGAAGAAGCAGUUCGAUUCAUCAAGGAGCGCUUGGAUGAACCACACUUUGGGGCCAAAAGCAUAGUUUUACAGUCAUUUUACAGAGGCUGCCCUGACAAUAUUACAGUCAUGGUGGUGAAGUUCAGGAAUAGCAGCAAAACAGAAGAGCAGUGAACCCUUUAGGGGUCUUAGCUGCCUUAGACUAAAGGACUUUCGUAACACACUGGUCUCUUUUAAUAUAGUAAAAGAUAUGGGGAUUGUAAUUAGGCCAUCUGUACCAACACACAGCCCCCUCUUCUACCAGUCCUGGGGCUCUAUUGAGUAGUGAACAGUGUGCCCUGGCCAAUAGAGUUGAGAGGCUGGAAAGUCAGUUUUCCCUGUUUUCCCAGCCCUUUCAUCAAUGUCCAACAUAUUUAAAUAGGUAUCUGUAGAUCCAUAUGUAUGAAGUGAGCAGCAGGUGGACCAUGUAUUCUCCUUCCCAGGGUUCUUUUCAAGAUCUUUUUCAUGUUCCUCCAAGCAUCAGCCUUGGUGUCCCACUUAGUCACCUGUGAGCUGCCCUCUGCUCAAGGACAGUGUGGCCUUAAGAUACUUUAUCCUCCUGAGCUUGUGCUUUGUACUCCGGGAAACCUGGAAGCCACAUUGGAAUGCUUAUUAUUUCUUUCCUGCUCUUGGAAGCAGAGGAUGGGAGGUCAGUGGCAGCUGCCUACAUGGCAAAAAACACCCCUUUCCCUUGCGCCCUUUAUUAGUCCUGUACACACAGUACACACCUGACCAGCCUCCCUGCCUCUUCUAAUCAACCACAACCUUACCUAUCUCUCAUUCACACCUUACAAUAUGCCAUGGGCAGCUGCAGACUUCACCACCAGAAAUGAGUUGUGUCUGGGCUUACUAAGAAGUCACAGGAGGGGGAAUGCAGGAAAGCAGGUUUCAGUGCCGUAAGUCCUUCCAUCUUCAGUGGCAGACAGGCUGCAGUGCUUGCCAUGCCCUUUGGACAGUCUGCAUGGGGAGAGCCAGGCAUGCGCCUGGGAGACCACCACCCUGGCUGCCAGUGUCCCUGCAGCUUUCCCCACCACUGCUGAGUAGCUUCAAGUCUUUCAUGCACUGUUUGGAGAAGCAGCAGUCUAGAACUGUGUGUUCCUUGAAGCCAGGAAGUUCUCAGCCACCACACUAGGCACUGGUGGCUUACUCUGGGACAGGCUUCUCCACAGGGGAACAUUUGGUUGCAAAUCUCUGUCCAUGGCCACCUUCCCCAGGGCUAACCAAAUUGCCCUGGCUUAGCCUGGAGGGGAAACAGCAGGGGUCUCUUGGGAGACCUGUGUGCAGUGACAGCCAUACUAAGGUUAGGAAUUCAAGCAAGAACCCAUAUCACAUAGAUAAGUGGCCCAGAGUUACUUAGUGGGCCUGGAUUGCUGCUUUCAACUUCCUGUCGCCAAAGUUUGGUUGUUUUUUUUUUUUUGUUUUUUUGUUUUUUGUUGUUGUUGUUUUGUUUUUUUCCUCAGCCUCUGUAUUUUGUGAGUUAAUUUAUAGAAAAUACCAGAUUAUUAUUUUUGCCUGAUUGAGGCAGCCCAAACAGCCAACAAGAAUUUCAUUGCAUCUUCUUGCCCAGAACCCACACUAUUCUGUUCUUUCUGGGUGGGUGUUGGUCCACUGCUUGCUGGCCCCUUUCCACCCUGGUGACUAGCCCUCUGACCUUCAGCUGCCAGCCUGCAAGAAGCCCUUUCCAGAAGAGAAUGCUAGAGAAUGAAAGAUGAACUUGGACUUUUGAGGACUGCAAUCUGUCUUCACUCAUCCAUGAAAACUGACCUUUCUUUGACGUCAUUGAGAAUGGUUUCCCAAGAGCUUUGCUUACUUUUGUAUACUGUAUUUUCGACCUUAGAAUUAGAAUCUUAGUUAUUGUGUUGUAGCCAUAGAAUUAAGUUUUAGUACAAAAUGCCAGGCACCAUCUUAGAAUUAAGCAUUGUCGACUGAGACACAUGAACUUUUGGUUUUGUGUUCCUGGUUGGGGUGGGAAGGGGGGGAAAUGUGUGAGAAAAUGCCAGCUGUGAUCAAUACUGGCCCAGGUGUGUUCUGACUCCAGGAGUCUCCACAGCCCACCAUCCAACUAAAGGUCCAGAUUUUAUAGUCACCUUUUUUUGUUUGUUUGUUUGACACAAAAAUGCAUAUCAAUGGAAAGAAAUUUUAAAUUCCACAAUAACUUUUUAUUGUACUAAUGAAAAUAGUAACGUUUUGGCAAAAAUGAAAAAGAAAAGCUAUCAAAUUAGUCAGUCAGUGUUUAUUUACCCAGCAAAGAUUUUGCAACAACAGUGCUCUAGCUGUCUCCUGCUAAUUGAGGUUCACAGUCAUCUUUGAAAUUUUGUUUGGGGGAAAUAAUUUAUUACUAACUCUAACCACACAGAACAUGUAUCUCAUUCUCCUCUCCUGCCUCUUUCCCCCAUCCCAAUACUUCUAGAGUUUUAAAGAUAGAAAUGCUAGGCCAAGCAGUAGUAGUUUGAUGGAGUUUUAUGUAGAACUCGGAGUGCUUGUCCAGUUGCUUCAUCUGUUGUCUCUCCUGGACAAGCUGCUCCCUCCUCUGGAGGCUCAGGAAGGCUGAACCUAGCCUAGUGACAGGGAAGCUGCCCUGAACAGCACUGCCAAUGCUCUGGGACUUUCACUGAGGCCACCCGGACUCCCCAGCUAGCCUGAGUUCCAAUUGCCAAUAGUCCCUAUGGUGCCAAAUUUUAGGAUGGUUUUACAGUUCUUUAGAAAUGACGCUGGGAACUCUCAGCAGAUUGCCAAACCAAGGUCCCCAUCAGUUGUCCUGAUGCUGUUCCUAUGGCCAUAGGUCCUCUUCAAGCAGGAUAUAGCGGGGAGGGCAAGGCAAGUUUUGAAAACUUCACUGCAUUUGCAGUUCUUUAAUCACAGGGAUAAACUGUACUUGUAUAGGAAACUCUAAAGCUAGCUCCCAGGACCUGCAUUGGUUUUCAAUGUGACCAUCUUGCCCAAGUCAGUUAACUCAGAGUCAUUGUUCUAACACAGCUUGACUGUAAGCACAUGUACUCAUUAUUGGCAGUCCAUUUCAUUCUUUUGCGUGUUCUGCGCUGAAGGUAUUGGCCUCUUGAAUCAUGUAUAUGUCAAGAGUUUUACACAGAGAAUGAUACAAUAAAGGAGCAUGAUCAGGCUGGGUAACAUAAAGCAUGUCUUAUGUCAUGCAAAUGUAAUGAUUUUGACAUUUUGCACAAGUGACAUGGAAUCUUUGUUUCAGGUGUAUCUAAAGGGAUUCUGGGGAGCUGGUCCCACUCUUGAUCAGAACACUGAGAUGUCUAGAAAUGCAACAAGGGAUUCAGGAAGGGAGUGAUACCUGUUUCCUUUGCAAGGCAUACUUCAAUAUUUCUGACUUUUUUCUCUGAUUUAUUGGCAGAUCUAACUUGUAGCUAUGACAGUGAAAGGCCUACAUUGAGAGAGCAACAUUUUGUUGACAUUUGAUACUUUUUAUAAAACUUUAUUUUCAAAUGAUUUUAGAAAUUAUUUUUUCCUCCUUUUGACCGUUCAUUAGACUGAUCCUCUCUGAAUAAUCAUCCCAAAUUGACAUAGCCUAUCACACCAGCACUUCAGAUCUAGCUUUGGGAAAACGAGCUGUUAUAUAUCAUGCUGGGCCUGUUUAGCUGCACCUGGACUAAACUAACUGCCUACUGCAGGGAAGGAGGAACUCAGUGUUCCCCAACACACAAGAACAUGAACUCCAAAGAUGCUUUUCCAGGUACUCUUUCAGUAUCAGCAUGGUUUGGGAAGCACAUUUCCUUAGAAAGUGCAAAUAAACUUGUCGAAGGCUCUAAAUUAAAUGUCCUUACAAAAAGAAGGUAGCAUAUGUUUUUCCAGAUUAGUUUGACCAUAGAAAACUAUGUGUAAUGCCUAGUAACAUUUCAAUGAACUCCUAAUUCACACAACCCACUUGGGAAGAUUCUGGUAUAUUGAAAUAUUGUUCUUGUUUCAUGCACCACUGCACUUAAUAAUAACAGAAUGGUUUGUCAUUCAGAAGCACCAGUGCUGUGAGGUAAGAAUCAGAAGUGGUGUUCCAAAUAGUGUGGUUUAAUACGACUUCCAAGAGCCUCACAUUAACAGCAGACAACCAACUUGAAAACUAGAACUGUUAUCAUGGUCCUUUUAUGUGAAUGACAAGUGAGAGCUGUGCCAUUGGUGAGCAUUCCCAAAUUGGGGUUUUGGGAAUUUUUGUAUUUUAUGUUUACUGUCUAGACUAAAUCAAAAGAUUUUUGUGUCAUCACUGUGUGACAGCAAAAGUACAUAGAAAAUGAACAGGAAAAGUACAUAUUUGGUUUUAAUUUACUUUUGGCAUUUUUCUAGAAUUACAUUUACCUAUUAUGUAACAAUGGAAAUGUAAACUGUUGACACCUACUUACUAUCCUCUGCUCUCUCCAGAUUGAGUGAAAUAAUUCAGAGUCGUAUGUCCUAAAAUUCCAGUCCCAUGUUGCCCUGGCUUUCACAGUUUAAGUGUAUGGUUAAGUCUGGCAACUUACCUCUUGCCUAAUAAUAGUUCCAUACUCAACCACAGGCAGAGUAAAUUCAGGGUAAAGUCACAAACUUAAAAUUGCAUCCAGUAUUUGGGAAUAUGCCCACCCCCUUGGACAUUACCUAAAAUAGUAAAAGAAAACCAAAGUAACACCCCUUAGACUAGGUGAUAUCAGAGUCAGGUGGUUCCAUCAGAUAUGUUUCUCAAUGUUUCCUAAUCUGUAAGUUUCUGAAGACUCUUCAUAAUGUUAGUGCUUUUUCCAUUAGUUAUUCUUUUUGCCACUUCUAAGCUGGAUACCAUUAAACCAAGAGUUGAUUAUGCCAGUUUUAUGUAUUUAGUGAUAACUACACCAUCAUGUGCACAGUCACUUUAACAAACAUAAGGGAAGGUCUUUGAGGGUAACUGUUCAUUUUGAAUCAUCAUAGGCAUUUUCAGUGUUCAAAUCAUCACCAAAAAGCAAGCAUGAAGCAAGCAGAUAGAGGACAGAAGGUUUGCAGGGCCAGCAAUAGACGGGCCAAAGAGGGCCAUCUAUCCCUUUGGAGAACAAGGAAGAUGAGGCCAUUGCCCCUGAUCUUUUUCCAUUGGUGGCCCCAGGAGAGUAGAGUAUAAUUAUUUUGUGCCUCAAAAGAGAACCUAAGAUGGUUUAUCAUCAGACUUCCUAGGCCUAUAAAUUGGCAAGUUCAUCAUUGGGAAAAUUAACAAAGUUUGGGAAUACAAUUGUUUCUUGACUUCAAAUAUGAAUACAAGACUAAUUACCAGAUUUUUUAACCAAAAAAAAGGUCUUCAUAAGUUACUUUACAUAUUCCAAGAUCUAAGUAUAUAAUUUAAGUUUUAUAUUUUGAACAAAAAUUACAACAUCUAUUUUCUGAAUGGGAAUAAAAAAGACAGAUUUUUCUUUUUAACUACAGAGGUCAUCACUUCUUUGCCAGACUGCUCCUCUCUCCUAAAUUGUUAGAAUCUUAACUGUUGAAUUACAGUUUUUUCCCCACACAUAAUGGAGUGAAUGAUAAGAACAGGUAGGUAUCCCAUUGUGCUCAUGAGUCAGGAUUUUGUUGUUUUGCUUUUAUUCAUGAGAAGUUAUGAAAGGAACUUUAAGAUAAACCCAUUUCAGAUUUGAUAACAUUAAAAUCAGAGGUGGAACUCGGUUAUUAAAUAGGGAAAGGAGAAAAAAUAGGGUGAGGGAGAGAAAUAACAGGAAAAAUACAUAGCUGGGUGGUUGUCCUUACCAGUGGCACUGCUGCUCCGCAGCUCUGCUGUCUUCCUGUGCUGCCUUUGGAAACCGCGUAAGCUGUGAUUUACGCUCACUGGACAUGUGAAAGAAGUGCUCUCAUCAGCAGCAUUUUCUUGCUACAUUAAACAUCACGAGAGGUUAUUUAUCAGAAGGUCCCAGGAUAUUCAUACUUUUUUUUUUUUCGAGGUAGAGUCUCACUCUAGCUCACGCUGACCUGGAAUUCACUAUGGAGUCUCAGGGUGGCCUCGAACUCAUGGCAGUCCUCCUACCUCUGCCUCCCCAGUGCUAGGAUUAAAGGCGUGCGCCACCACACCUGGCAGGAUUCAUACUUUAUUAGCAAUGUUUUAAGAAUUUUGACCUUGUGUUUUUUAAUUAAAUCACAGGUCUAAUUAAUUAAAUUAAAGGUCAAUAUGACUCUCAGGCUUUCUGACAAAGUAGUCCCUAAAUUCCAUCUAUAGAAUAAAACCUUGACAAAACCAUAUUGCACUUGGUACUCUUCCAAGGUUUUCAUUGCUACCAUUUUACCCUCAUCUCUAAGAGACAUUUUAGACAAUUUGUGGAGUCAUUUUUGUGGAGCCCAGAGCAGGUGGCAGCGUGGCAUGUGAUUUGGUCCCUUUGAUGUAUACUGGGCACAGCUGGCAUUGUAGAGACUAAUGUGUUCAUGCAGUGACUUAUUCUAUGUUGUUGUGCAUAAAAUGAACCACUCAAAAUUCACUCACGAUGACAAGAUUAAAGCAAAAUAAACACGUCAGAGUUAUUCAACUUUA